AUGACAACAGCAGGGAGACCAACUUUUGAACCUAUAAGAGGUGGAAGAGGAAAUGGAGAAGGGGAUUUGAGCCAGCUCUCAAAGCAGUAUUCAAGCAUAGAUCUUCCCUCUCAUACAAAGAUAAAAUACAGACAAACUACACAGGAUGUCCUGGAAGAGGUUCGAAACCAUGAAUUCAGAGAGAGAGCUGCUGCAAGGGAAUAAAAUAGGGACCAUCCAACCCGAGAACAUACAACUUCCUCUUCAGUGUCAAAGAAGCCCCGCUUAGACCAGAUUCCUGAUGCCAUUCUUGAUGCCGAUGAUCCUCCCAUGGAUGAGGAAGAUGAGGAUUUUGAAGAGGAGAGUGAUGAUGAUGAUACUGCGGCUCUUCCUGCAGAGCUGGAAAAAAUCAAGAAGGAAAGAGCUGAAGAGCAGGCCAGGAAGGAACAAGAACAAAAAGCAGAGGAAGAGAGAAUUCGCAUGGAAAACAUUCUGAGUGGAAACCCUCUCCUUAAUUUCACUGGCCCAUCCCUACCUCAGGCCAACUUCAAGGUUAAAAGAAGGUGGGACAAUGACGUCAUUUUUAAGAACUGUGCAAAAGGUAUAGAUGAUCAGAAGAAAGACAAAAGAUUUGUAAAUGAUACACUGCGUUCUGAAUUUCACAAAAAGUUCAUGGAGAAAUAUAUUAAGUAG